AUGCUUGGCAGUGCGGUAGCUUCGUCUUCGAGGACCCUUCUGCGGGCCUCGCGACCCGUCCUUCGUUCUUCGAUUCGAAGCCUCAGCUCCACCUCGACGCUUCGCAAUGCGGCACCGGUGGAUGCCAAGAUCUCGGGCAUCGUGGACCAGAUUGAAAAGCUGACGUUGCUCGAGGCGUCGGACCUGGUCAGCGCACUCAAGACGCGCCUCAACAUCACCGAGAUCGCCAUGCCCGCCGCAUCGGCCCCCGCUGCCGCCGCCCCAGCCGCUGCAGAGGAGGUAGAGGAGGCCGCCAAGCCAAAGGAGAAGACCGUCUUCACCCUCAAACUCACCGGCCUCAAGGAUCCUACCGCCAAGGCCAAGGUCAUCCGCGAAGUCAAGGCUACCAACUCCAAUAUGAACCUGGUCGAGGCCAAGAAGUUCGUCGAGUCUACACCCCAGGUGCUCAAGGAGGGCCUCAACAAGGAAGACGCCGAGAAGCUCAAGGCGGCCAUCGAGGCUGCCGGCGGCACUGUCGAGCUCGAGUAA